AUGGAGUGCCAGUCCUGGCCUGGGGGGGUAUGGAGUGCCAGUCCUGGCCUGGGGGGGUAUGGAGUGCCAGUCCUGGCCGGAGUGGAACAAUCCGGAGUGGAGAAGGCGAGUGUGAAGAUGUCAAUGAGCCCCCUCUGUGAGAUCGCAGGGGAGGAGGCGGUACGGCUCAGCUCACUGCUCCCCUUUUCCCCUGUGUCUGCGCUUCUGCCUGACUGUCUUCCCCUCCUCCCCUCCCGUCCGGGGUGGAGAAGGCGAUCUGGGGUGGAGAAGGCAAGUGUGAAGAUGUCAAUGAACCCCUUCUGUGAGAUUGCAGUGGAGGAGGCCAUACGGCUGAGCCCUCUGCUCUUCCUCCCUUUCCCCUCCUCGCCCCUUCCCCAAUCAGUCCGGAGUGGAGAAGGCGAGUGUGAAGAUUCCGGAGUGGAGAAGGCGAGUGUGAAGAUGUCAAUGAAUCCCUUCUGUGAGAUCGCAGUGGAGGAGGCCAUACGGCUGAGCCCUCUGCUCUUCCUCCCUUUCCCCUCCUCGCCCCUUCCCCAAUCAGUCCGGAGUGGAGAAGGCGAGUGUGAAGAUUCCGGAGUGGAGAAGGCGAGUGUGAAGAUGUCAAUGAACCCCUUCUGUGAGAUCGCAGUGGAGGAGGCCAUACGGCUGAGCCCUCUGCUCUUCCUCCCUUUCCCCUCCUCGCCCCUUCCCCAAUCAGUCCGGAGUGGAGAAGGCGAGUGUGAAGAUUCCGGAGUGGAGAAGGCGAGUGUGAAGAUGUCAAUGAAUCCCUUCUGUGAGAUCGCAGUGGAGGAGGCCAUACGGCUGAGCCCUCUCUGCUCUUCCUCCCUUUCCCCUCCUCGCCCCUUCCCCAAUCAGUCCGGAGUGGAGAAGGCGAGUGUGAAGAUGUCAAUGAAUCCCUUCUGUGAGAUCGCAGUGGAGGAGGCCAUACGGCUGAGCCCUCUGCUCUUCCUCCCUUUCCCCUCCUCGCCCCCUCCCCAAUCAGUCCGGAGUGGAGAAGGCGAGUGUGAAGAUUCCGGAGUGGAGAAGGCGAGUGUGAAGAUGUCAAUGAAUCCCUUCUGUGAGAUCGCAGUGCAGGAGGCCAUACGGCUGAGCCCUCUGCUCUUCCUCCCUUUCCCCUCCUCGCCCCUUCCCCAAUCAGUCCGGAGUGGAGAAGGCGAGUGUGAAGAUUCCGGAGUGGAGAAGGCGAGUGUGAAGAUGUCAAUGAAUCCCUUCUGUGAGAUCGCAGUGGAGGAGGCCAUACGGCUGAGGGAGAAGGGGGCGAUCAAGGAGGUCGUGGCCGUCAGCCUGGGCGUGCAGCAGUGCCAGGACACGCUCAGGUACAGCGUGGUGGAAAUGGGUCAACUCACCUCGGUAAAGGGAAAAGGGGGCGGACAGGGCGGAAGUGGUGAAGAACCGCUCUCGCGAUGGGGGGGGAGAGGACAGAGCGGUACUGGUGAAGGAGGAUGCCGCACAGGAGGAGGCGUUGGAGCCUCUUUCCCCACCGCUCACCCCUUGCUCUCUGCUGCUCUUCCCCUGCUUGAGGGUGUUGUGUGCAGAACCGCUCUAGCCAUGGGAGCAGACAGGGCGGUACUGGUGAAGGUGGAUGCGGCACAGGAGGAGGCGUUGGAGCCGUUGAUCGUCGCUAAGCUGCUCAAAGGGGUUGCUUUGAAAGAGACGGCUGAUAUGGUGUUCCUGGGGAAGCAGGUGAGAUGGCUGAUAUGGUGGGUUGAUCUACUCAAAGGGGUUGAGCUACUCAAAGGGGUUGAGCUACUCAAAGGGGUUGAGCUACUCAAAGGGGUUGAGCUACUCAAAGGGGUUGAGCUACUCAAAGGGGUUGAGCUACUCAAAGGGGUUGAUCUACUCAAAGGGGUUGAGCUACUCAAAGGGGUUGAGCUACUCAAAGGGGUUGAGCUACUCAAAGGGGUUGAGCUACUCAAAGGGGCUGAGCUACUCAAAGGGGUUGAGCUACUCAAAGGGGUUGAGCUACUCAAAGGGGUUGAGCUACUCAAAGGGGUUGAGCUACUCAAAGGGGUUGAGCUACUCAAAGGGGUUGAGCUACUCAAAGGGGUUGAGCUACUCAAAGGGGUUGAGCUACUCAAAGGGGUUGAGCUACUCAAAGGGGUUGAGCUACUCAAAGGGGUUGAGCUACUCAAAGGGGUUGAGCUACUCAAAGGGGUUGAGCUACUCAAAGGGGUUGAGCUACUCAAAGGGGUUGAGCUACUCAAAGGGGUUGAGCUACUCAAAGGGGUUGAGCUACUCAAAGGGGUUGAGCUACUCAAAGGGGUUGAGCUACUCAAAGGGGUUGAGCUACUCAAAGGGGUUGAGCUACUCAAAGGGGUUGAGCUACUCAAAGGGGUUGAGCUACUCAAAGGGGUUGAGCUACUCAAAGGGGUUGAGCUACUCAAAGGGGUUGAGCUACUCAAAGGGGUUGAGCUACUCAAAGGGGUUGAGCUACUCAAAGGGGUUGAGCUACUCAAAGGGGUUGAGCUACUCAAAGGGGUUGAGCUACUCAAAGGGGUUGAGCUACUCAAAGGGGUUGAGCUACUCAAAGGGGUUGAGCUACUCAAAGGGGUUGAGCUACUCAAAGGGGUUGAGCUACUCAAAGCAAAGGGGGGGGUUGAGCUACUCAAAGGGGUUGAGCUACUCAAAGGGGUUGAGCUACUCAAAGGGGUUGAGCUACUCAAAGGGGUUGAGCUACUCAAAGGGGUUGAGCUACUCAAAGGGGUUGAGCUACUCAAAGGGGUUGAGCUACUCAAAGGGGUUGAGCUACUCAAAGGGGUUGAGCUACUCAAAGGGGUUGAGCUACUCAAAGGGGUUGAGCUACUCAAAGGGGUUGAGCUACUCAAAGGGGUUGAGCUACUCAAAGGGGUUGAGCUACUCAAAGGGGUUGAGCUACUCAAAGGGGUUGAGCUACUCAAAGGGGUUGAGCUACUCAAAGGGGUUGAGCUACUCAAAGGGGUUGAGCUACUCAAAGGGGUUGAACUACUCAAAGGGGUUGAGCUACUCAAAGGGGUUGAGCUACUCAAAGGGGUUGAGCUACUCAAAGGGGUUGAGCUACUCAAAGGGGUUGAGCUACUCAAAGGGGUUGAGCUACUCAAAGGGGUUGAGCUACUCAAAGGGGUUGAGCUCAAGGAGACAGCCAACCAGGUUUUCCUGGGAAAGCAGACAGUAGUCAACGACCGCAACCAGCCGGGGCAGAUGCUCGCUGCGUUGCGUCCACUCUUCUCGUCCCUCUCGCCCCACUCGUCUCCACCCUCUCCUCCCUCCACCUCCCCCUUCCAGGCAAUAGAUGACGACCGCAACCAGCCGGCGCAGAUGCUGGCAGUGCUGCUGGACUGGCCCCUUGUUACCGCACUCGUCCGCUCCACUCUUUCCGUCCCCCUUACUCCGUUUGUCUCCCACCUCUCCCUCCUCUCCGCCCACCAGGCAAUAGACGACGACUGCAACCAGACGGGGCAGAUGCUGGCAGCGCUGCUGGACUGGCCGCAAGCCACCUUCGCCUCCAAGGUGGUGCUGGACACGGCUGCUCGCAGUGCGCAGGUCACCAGGGAGAUUGACGAUGGCCUUGAGACAAUGGGAGGGGACUGGCCUGUUUGUCAGUGGUGCACUCCAGUCUGUGCCACCCGCACGGUGCACGUGGUGGGGGUGAGGGAGGGAGGCGCAUCAGCACCUCCUAAAUCACCUGUCCCACUCUCUUGCUGCCUUCUUCCUCCCCUCUCCCCCCUCCCCUCCCUCACCUCCCUCCCCCAGCACCGAUCUACGACUGAACGAGUCACGCUACGCCACGCUGCCCAACAUCAUGAAGGCCAAGAAAAAACCCAUCAGCGUGCUCUCUGGCUGCCUUCCAUUCCUCCUUUCCACCAACCAACCUCCUCCUCCACCCCUUUCCCCCCAUUCCCCCCACACCACAGCACGGACCUACGGCUGAACGAGCCACGGUACGCCACGCUGCCCAACAUCAUGAAGGCAAAGAAGAAGCCCAUCGCUGUGCUCUCUCCCUCCGACUUCGGGCUUGACCUUGCAGACCCGGCCACCCGCAGGGUGCACGUGGUGGGGGUGAGGGAGCCGCCUGCGCGUGUGGGGGGACGGAUCCUGGGGAGUGUGGAUGAGCUGUUGGAUAAACUCAAGAACGAGGCCAAGGUGAUGGGGGUGGGGGAGGCACCUGUGCGAGUGGGGGGCCGGAUCCUGGGGAGUGUGGAGGAGCUGUUGGAUAAACUCAAGAACGAGGCCAAGGAUGCCAAGACGGUGGUGGUGGGGUGGAAGGACCAGGGCUGGAGCCCCAGCGUGCGCACGUGGCAGCCUCCCCUUGUCAACGAUGGUGACGUUCUUGUGUUCAAGUGGAACGACACGAGGCAUGAGCACAAUGUGGUGGAAGUGGAUCCCAAUCGCUUCGUCUCAUGCUACUUCGGAAAAGCUGGCGCUCCCAUGAUUGUGCUCUCCAAGACCUCAAAGCAAGGCGUGGUCACGACAACCCUAUCGGGUCCUGUCGGGUACACCAGCAGCGUUGCCAACGACUGCAAGAGAGGCAUGAAAGUUGCCUUCCUUCCUAUACCCCGUAUUCUCGAGGAUUCUAAAUAA